UAAUAUGACAUUGGCCGCAUUGGUGUUGCAUGUUUUCCUUCCUUACAUUAGUGGUUCGUUGUGCCACCCGGUGUCAGGUAAGGGGCAGGUGGCUUCCGGACUUCAUACCGGAAGUGGACACCUUUGGCUCACUGAGCAGCUGAAGAAGUUUUGUCGAAAACAAAUCGGCAUAUUUUUUUUAUUAUCCAAAGGGAAACAUUUAGCCGAGCAGCUAUGUGCACCUUUGAUAAGGACAAGGGGCCGAGGAGGCUGAUGAAAAAGGGCUUGUCUCUCAUCUUAGUGGGACAUAUAAACUUCAUCCUUGGUGCUAUUGUCCAUGGAAACGUCCUACGCCACAUUUCCAAACCCAGCCAACAAAUCACCACAGAAUACACCGUAACUAACAUCAUUUCUGUCACUUCGGGUUUGCUGAGCAUUACCACUGGGAUUAUUGCUAUUGUGGUUUCGAGGAACCUCCGUGUGUUCAAGCUGCAAAUAGGACUUCUGAUUGCCUCCUUCCUCAACGCCCUGCUCUCGGCAGCCUGCUGCGUGGGCCUACUAGUCGCCAUCACCAUGACCAUUUCCCACAACGGUCAGGGCCUGAUGCGUGGAUGUAACGACACCGAGGUGCCUGCCAACGCUCGGUCGCCGGUCAGCGCACGCUGCCCGUUUGACACCACACGCAUUUAUGACACCACCUUGGCGCUGUGGUUCCCCAGUGCUGUGAUGGCUGCAGCUGAGUGUGGCCUGUCUCUGUGGUGCUUCAUCGUAGGCCUGACUCUCAGAGGUCUGCUGUCCUGUGGACGCAACUACUUCAAAGAACAGUUGGAGGAAGAUAUUGGGCGUUCUCCUCAGAGCAGGCGCCUGAUUGGCCAAAACGUACUGAACCCUGAUGCCUGACUGAACAAAGUAUACUCCAUACCUUCUUUAUACAUUAGGUUACAGUUUUUAUAUGACAUGUUUUGAGGUUAAGAUCAUUUCUUCCAUUGCGUUCCUUGAUGUAUAGUCCUGUCGUAACUUGUAAUGUGACACGUGUCGUGGUAUGAUCGUAUGUCUCUAUGCACUCCAACACACUACAUGUACUUUGUAGUGUAAUCCUUACUUUUUGCAGGGUAACUAACAUUUCAUGAUGACAUUAUUUUUCAAUAUGAAGGAGCCUUUUGGUUUUUACACAAAAUACAUUUUUACAUCAAUUUAAAGUAUUUUAUGUUUGAACUCUUCUCUAGGAAAUAUAUAUAUUUAUAGUUCUUUCUGUUUUUAGCGUUUUACGUGUUGAUUUUUAACCCUCUGGGCACAAAUGCUAACUGUUUUUUGUCCUUUUAAUACAUUUUUCCUUGUAUUUUGGCCAUAAAUAAGGUUGUGGCACUCCAUUAUACAU